AUGUCUCAAUUAAUUAGAUAUGGUAGUAAGGUGAAGCCUGCAACACACACUUUGAUAUUUAUGCACGGUCUAGGCGACACAGGCGAGGGUUGGGGUUUCUUAGCAACCCAAUUACGUGAGAUGCCUGAAUUCCAAUCUAUGGAUUUUGUGUUUCCAACGGCACCUAUAACACCUAUCACUGCAAACGGUGGUGUUCCAAUGACUGGUUGGUUUGACCUUCUGGAAUGGGAUCCUGAAAUGAAGAAAUUUGAUGUUGCUGGGUUCCAAAAGACUCUGCUCACGUUGGUACCUAAAUACAUCCAAAAGGAGCUGAACAACGGUAUUCCUGCGAGUAACAUCAUACUUGGUGGGUUUUCACAAGGUGCUGCCAUUGCAUUAGGGGCGGCUGCAUGUCUUUCCAAAAAGAUAGGUGGGUUCAUCUCGUUGUCUGGUUUCGUUUCCCCAGCAGAGAAAGAAUUAUGGGACAAACUACCAUCAAACGAUCUGAACAAAACAACACCCAUAUUCCACGGGCACGGUGAGUCUGACCCUGUUGUAUCUUUGAAGAAAGGCCAAGAGGCCAGGGAUUUUAUGGUAAAUCGUCUUGGGUUCCAAAACUACGAGCUACACACUUACAAGGGACUGGAGCAUUCUAUGUCACCAAACGAGUUGACGGAUUUGGUUCAGUUCAUCAAGCGACUGUUUCAGCUGUGA